UAUAUUGACCAGUGGGAAUCACAGUUUUGAUGUAGGUGGCCUAUGAAUCUCAGGCUCUUAAGAGAUGCAAGUCCAUUAACCGAUCCUAGGGUAAUAUCUGCUGGAAUAGAUUCAAAUCACAUUUCACUUGUGUUUGGCAUUCUAAAUGUCCUGAGGGUUUUUCAUAAAAAAAAAUCAAACCCCUGGAUCACAGACUUUCUCAGAAAAAAAAUGUGUUACCCAAAUCUUACAUGACCCCAGAAUUAUUUCAUAAAUAUCCUUACACCAUGGUCACCUUUAUGCCCAAAGGACAUCUGAUGAUCUCCUGAGAAUCUUUUAUUUGCAAAGUAAGUCUUGGACAGAACUUGUUUUAACACAAGUUCUCCUCCCUGUCUUUAUGCAAUAUUCACGUGUCUGAAGGAACAAAAACCAGUGGAAAUGCUGAAAAACUAAAACUGUGUUUAAAAAAAAAGUUUGUAAGAAAAAAGUUAUUUUGUCCUUUUUAUUUUGUUUUAUUUGUGCCUGCAGGAAUUAAAAUCCCAGUGAGAUUAUCUCAUUCACUUAAUGUUGUUUGCAUGAAUGUUUUUCUAUGCUUGUAUGUAACCUUUGGUAUCAUGUUCUUUUGAUAUUGGUUCCGUAUUUAUACAUCUGUACCCCACCUAGAUGAAAGUUGUUCUGCACAGUCAUUAAGUACAACCCUACAUUCCUCUUGGUUUUUCAAAGAAAUGUAAUUUGGAAACUGAGGGAGGGUGUUUUCUGUCUUUAGAUCACUGAAAAGUCAGGCUCUGUUGUCAAUUCUUAUCCAUCCAUCCAUAGUCACAUUUCUAGUAUACUGAACUAGAAGACUCUAGAACUGAUGAAUUUUAACCCCUAUUGUACCUAGAAAAGAUACAACUUCUACUGUGCUUUCCCUCUUGGCUGGUUCAUGAGUAAGGAGAUGUUAUGUUCUUUUUAAUGGACCGCUGGAGGCUGAGCAUUUUAUAAAUAAAGGUAUUUCUGCAGCAUAGACAGUUCAAAUUUUAUCUUGGUUUUCACCAUUAUUAGAUGUUUUACCAUGCGUUGCUAUUCAUUCCUCAUGUCAGGUCACAGAAAUUGUUCUCUUUUGUCUCUUCAGGCAGAGCAGUCAGUAGCAGAGUUGAGAGGGGCUCAGAAUAAGCUGAGUGCUGAAGUAGCUGAUCUACACAUAGCAGCAGCGAAGAUGAGCAGUAUCAAUGAAGCUCUUGCACUGGACAAAGUGCAGCUGAACAAACUUGUGUUGCAGCUGGAGCAAGAGAAUGAAGUUCUGUCAGGUAGAGUGGAGGAGCUGGAGAGAGCAAAGAUCUCUGACCGGGAGAAGCUGAACUCGUGUGAAAGAACGAAUGAAGAGCUCAGUGAAGAGAAAGCCCACCUGGAGCAGCUGCUGAAGAAAAUGGAGGAGCAACGGGAGGGGCUGCAGGUAGAGCUGAGGAUGCUGGCAGAGGAGAAGGCAGAAACCCAAGAGCAGCUCAGUCAGGUGAGACCAAAAACCUGGUGCUUUCCGGGUGGGCUUUUGGGUGCUGGGCUCCGUGAAGCUCUGUCUGCUGGGUUCUGUGGUGGUUUUGUCAAGGAGAGACCUGGUAGUGCUGGAGGUCAGAAGCUUUUCUUUACUGCCUUUUGGAAAUGUGUUGAUGGCUGGCAGAGCUGUUCUGCAAUUCUCUCAGUUGUCCUCUGCUUCUACAGAUGACUUCAAUCCACCUGUCUGUGGUGGCCUCUCUUUUGGCUUUUGAUAAGCUGCAGAGAGAUGAUUUGUCUUGCCCAUGAAUCUGAGUGAGGCUGCUACUCUCCCAUGUGGCAAAAGAAGCAAACCGUGUACCUCUUCACCCUUUUUCUGAGUCAAAAACCCCGGGGUUGCGUCUUUCUGUUUAUGCUUUUUGUUGUGAAGUCUGCAACUUUCAAAACUCCGUUUGUUCGAGCCUAGAGAGCGGGACAAAGCUGCAAGUCAGUGUCUGCUGUCUUGUACUGCUGAGAAUGGGAAUGAGAUCUUGAAAUUGUUGAAAAUGUAUUUUAAGGCAUACAUGCAUCUUUGAAUUGCUAGAACCUCUUUACGCUUUGAGGAAGAAGAGGAUAACUAGAUGAUCAGCUGUUUCUGCAGGCUACAGCAGGUCCUGACUUGGCUACUAUUGAGGC